CUUUCAGUCCCUAGGGCUGUUGUUACCAUCCACUGAAGAUAUCCCAUUUACUGACUAGCAGUUGCGAUGCCCUUUGAUUGUUGGGGUUGUGGGGGCAGGAACGCGGCCGACGCCGCUGCCGACGCCGCUGCCCCUCCGCGGCCGGUGCAUCUCGUCUCCCCCUCUUCCUCCUCCCAUUCAGUUGCAAAACCACCCCCAGUCACGCGUUCUCCCUCUCAAAUCCCCGUUCCACCACAGAGAGCUUCAUCAGCAUCGGCAUCGAAGAAGCACGACCUCUGGAAACGAGCAGAAGAACAAUUGGACGAGAAAAGCCGCAAACGGCUCCGGUUGAGCCACGACAGCAACUCCCCCUCGCCCCCGAUCGAUCGAGUGCUGGCGGAGAUCAUCAAAGAGAUCACAGCCAAGUACCAAGACUACCAGAAAGGCAACCUGAGCAUCCGAAACCGCGGCGAUGGUGGAACCAAAGUCGAUGUUCGAGGCUCCGCCAAGAAGGUCCUCGUCUGCGUGCUACAAGCCCAGGGUCUUAUUAAGGAUGUGGUCGGGUUCGAUCCCACCGGCUACGCCUCCAUCGCCUGGUCAGUCGUGGCCUUCGGGCUCACGCUGAUCAAAAAUGACAUCGAUCGGCGGGACGCGAUCAUGGAUGCAUCGGAAUUUCUCGCCCAGUCUCUUGCAUACCAUAGUGUCAUCGAGCACAAUUAUCGGAAGGGAACCAUUCCAAGCUCGGCAAAUUUGGACGAUGCGUUGGUGGAGGUCUAUGUCGCUCUUCUUCGGUACAUCGCAGAAGUCCAGAGUGCGAGACAUGAGAGCGCCGUUGCUCGAGUGGGAAAGAGUAUAACUGCUCUGAUCGACGAGCCGCUCGACCGACUCAGGGCGGUGGUGGAGCAGAAAAGCGCUGUCGUGGAUCAAUGGAAGAUGAUCGUGAGAGAUGAGGAUCAGAGUCGCCAUGCCGAGGAUAUUUUGGGGCGGAUCGACGAGAUGGCUAGACAAGUGCACAGUAUCGAUCUUCGGACUAAUGAUCAAGAGGAACUCAGCAUUCUCGACUGGAUUUCCACGUUCUCUUACUCCAACAUUCAGAAUGAGACCAAGAAGAGUCGUUCGCCGGAGACGGGAGCCUGGUUGGUGCAGUCCAGCGACCGGUAUCAACGGUGGAAGACCACACCGGGACAACUUCUGUGGCUGCAUGGCCCUGUGGGUUGCGGCAAAUCAGUUCUGUGCUCCACCAUUAUUGCCGACAUUGACCGCCACUGCACUCAAAACAUGCCCAACGUUCUCGCGUACUGGUACUUCAAGUUCAGUGACAAUGAAACACAAAGCAUGGAGAGUAUGGUCCGAUCGUUCAUACGGCAAUUGUGUCCCCGGCCUAUUCCCAACCCGAUCAGAAAGAUCUGGGAAGACCAUCGCAGGAAUCGAGAGCCGGACUUGGAAGUACUCUUAGCAAUCUUCAAUGGAAUCUUAGAUCUGCUGCCUGCAGACAUAUUUAUCAUCUUUGAUGCUCUCGACGAAUGCCCGGUUGAGACUCGAGAAAGGCGCCUCUUGCCUUUCAUGGAUGGAUUGAUAAGAGAUUUUUCGACCAAGGCCCACCUUCUUGUCACUAGCAGACCGGAACCUGACAUUCACCAGGCUCUUAUGCAACACACCCUAUUUGGGCUGGAGGAUGCUUUGAGCGGAGAUGUCGAGAAGUUUGUGCAAGAGAGGCUGGCCAAUGGUAAGUUGCGUAGAUGGAAUCGCCCUAUCCUUGAGAGGAUAGAACACGAACUGCUGAAUGUUUCAGAAAGACGAUUUCGUUGGGUUGAUCUGCAGCUCAAGCGCCUAGAAGGAUGUCACAUUCCCCAAGACAUCGAUGAAGCGCUAACGACAAUUCCCAACACUCUUGAGGCGACGUAUAAAGACAUCCUUGAGCGCGAAAUUCUACCAAGGUACCGCGAUGCAGUACGAUCUAUUUUCACUUGGCUCACUUUCUCCAUGAAGCCUCUAAGUCAGGAAACCGUCGCAGAAGUAGCCGGCUUCCCAUCACCGGAUAGUGUGAUCGAAAUUUGUACAACUCAAAUGGUUACUCUGAAUACAGGGGAUGGGACUAUCAGGCUUGCUCACUUUUCCGUGAAAGAGUUUCUUCUUUCUGAGCAAGUAACUCAUUGGUGCCACAUGUCAGAGAUACUUGGGCAUCGCCUCAUUCUUGACCAGAUGUUGACGCAUAUUCUCGCCGAAGAAGAGGACUUAUCACUCAUGGCUGCCAUGAGUAAGCCACUUCUCCGCUACAGUAGUGAAAACUGGCCCGACCAUCUUCGGAAGUUGGAAAGCUUGAAACCCGACCCAUUGCAGGAGAUCUAUUCGAUGUUGAUAAAACUCUUCACCGAGCCCCUUAUAUAUCACAACUGGCAACGGUUGUAUUCGUUCGACUUUUCCUACACCAAACAGGCAUGGCGCCGCUGGACCGAAGCAGCCCGGGUGCCGCCAAUCGAAAAGGCGAUCAUUCUGCAACUGGGAUGCCUGGUGGACCUACUGGUGCAGACGGGCUCUGAAACUCUGAAUAACAUAGAAAAUACGAAUAAAAGCACGCUGGUUUACGCGGCCGAGCAUAGUGUUACCAUUCUGGCAUUUCUCUUACAACGUGUCAUUACCAUUCCCUUGCAGGAGGUGCAGGAAAUCCUCUUUCAACUACGCCCUCGAUCCACUCAAGAGAAAGAAACCUUAUGUCUCGUCAUAGACCUGCUCUGGAACAUGGGUGUGCUGCACGACCGGGGAAAGAGCGACGAGCCGACUCAUUCAGGUCUGCUUGUCAGUAUGGCGAAGAACCGCCACUGUGGAGACGUACUCCUCAGGCUAUGUCUCGAUCGCGGGGAUAGAGAAACACCCUCGGUGACGACAGAACUUCUUGAGGUCACGUUACAGAAUAACGACUGUGGUGCUAGGGUGUUGGAAGUCCUAAUUCAGCGACGAAGCGAGAGAAUAAUGUUCACAGAGCGGAUUAUGCAGACUGUGGCAGAACAAUCGAGUUCCAAUCCGAGUCUGGCGUGCCUCGUUCUGGAACACCAAAACCGCAUUGUUUGUCUGAAGCGCGAGCAUGCAGAGAUCUUUGCUCGAACAGCCAACGGUGAACUCUUGAAAUUGGUUCUUCGGGUUUAUGGGGAGCAUCUAAUGGUGGAACGCAACGUCUUAGUUGCAGCGAUCAGUAAUCCCAGUGCCAGGGACGUGGUUCGCGGCCUCUUGACUGGCAGAGAACUUAGUGCCAGCACCCAGCAGAACAUUCUUUCUGCCGCUGCUGCGAUAGAGAGAUGGGAAUACUUAGAUUUGAUCAACUUUCUCUUGGAUGAAUGGGGUCCGCGCUUCAAUAUUGGCCACCAGAUGAUGGUCGCCGCCGUCUCGAAUCGUCUUCUGGGGCUCGCCAUUCUUGAGACGUUGCUCGCUCGACAACAGGCCGGGUUCAUGGUCUCGGAUGAAAUUCUUGUGCUCGCUGCCAAGAAGAAUACGAUACAGGUCCUGCAAUUGCUUAUGAUCAACGGAGGCUCGACAAUCCCAAUUCGAGAUGAGUUGGUGUUUGCGGCGGCAAGGAACGACCUCCGGGGGCUGUCGGUGCUCCUCUUUCUCUUUCCCCUCCUCGGGCCCGACUAUGUCGUGUCGUCGGAGCUUCUCCAGACAGCAGCAGAAAACCCCAACAAGUACAGAAGACCAUGGGAGACCAGCAAAGAGUUUCAGGCUGUCUUGGAAAGUUUCACCGGCACCACCGUGCCCGACAGCGUCUUUCUGGCCAUGCACGAUCAGGUCGACCAUAUGAAGGUCCUUUUGGACUGGUCGAACAACAAAGCGCCAGUAAAUGAGAUAUUUCUGGCAAUCUGCCACAACGGCGACCUAGGCGCGUUUCACACUCUGCUACUACUUCUUGAUCGGGACCUUUUAGUGGCGGAUGAAUGGUUUGUGGAAACUUCGGCCUGCGCCCCAGGCCUCUUGUGGCAUAUCCUCGGCCACAUUCCUCGGGUGCCGAUCACCGAUAGAGUGAUUAGUUCCGUGAGGGACAAGAGAUCUCUACGAUAUCUCGUGCAACAUCUCGAGGAGAAAGAUAUUUGGACCGAGGAGCUUGUGAAAGCCGUCAUCAGUACAACGUUUGUGGAGACUGAGGCCCUUAUCGAAAUUCUAGAACACUACAUCGGCAAGGCGCCCAUCACUGAGAGUAUACUGCUGAUUGCCGCGAAGCGUGAUACACGUCUACUCGAAUUUUUGCAGCAAGCAAACCACUGAAUUGAAUAGUCC